AUGGAGGGGAAAUAUCAGCAUAUGAAGACAUUGUCUACCUGCCACCCCACAUCCUCAUCCUCAUCCUCAUCCACAACCACAUCCUCAUCCACAUCGUCAUCCACAUCCACAUCCUCAUCCACAACCACAUCCUCAUCCACAUCCACAUCCACAUCCUUAUCCACAACCAAAUCCUCAUCCACAACUACAACCACAACCACAGGCACAUCCUCAUCCACAACCACAUCCUCAUCCAAAUCCACAUCCACAACCACAUCAUCAUCCUCAUCCACAUCCUCAUUCACAUCCUCAUCCACAACCACAACCUCAUCCACAACCGCAAACACAUCCUCAUCCACAACCACAGGCACAUCCACAUCCUCAUCCACAUCCACAGGCACAUCAACAUCCUCAUCCACAUCCACAACCACAUCCACAUUUUCAUCCACAACCACAUCCAAAUCCUCAUCCAUAUCCACAUCCACAUCCUCAUCCACAACCACAACCACAUCCACAUCCUCAUCCACAUCCUUAUCCUCAUACACAUACACAUCCUUAUCCUCAUCCACAUCCACAUCCACAUCCUCUUCCACAUCCACAACCACAUCCUCAUCCACAUCCGCAUCCUUAUCCACAACCACAUCCACAUCCACAACCACAACCACAGGCACAUCCACAUCCUCAUCCACAUCCACAUUCACAACUACAUCCUCAUCCUCAUCCACAUCCACAUCCUCAUCCAAGACUUCAUCCACAUUCACAUCCUCAUCCACAUCCACAUCCUUAUCCACAACCACAUCCUCAUCCACAUCCUCAUCCACAUCCACAUCCUCAUCCACAACUUCAUCCACAUCCACAUCCUCAUCCACAUCCUCAUCCACAUCCACAUCCUUAUCCACAACCACAUCCUCAUCCACAUCCACAACCACAUCCUCACCCUCAUCCACAUCCACAUCCACAACCACAUCCUCAUCCAUAUCCACAUCAUCAUCCACAACCACAUACUCAUCCACAUCCGCAUCCUUAUCCAUAACCACAUCCACAUCCUCAUCCAAAACCACAACCACAGGCACAUCCUCAUCCACAUCCUCAUCCACAUCCACAUCCGCAUCCACAUCCACAACCACAACCACAUCCUCAUCCACAACUGCAUCCUUAUGCACAACCACAUCCACAUCCUCAUCCACAACCACAUCCUCAUCCACAUCCACAUCCUCAUCCACAUCCUCACCCUCAUCCACAACCACAUCCUCGUCCACAACCACAACCAUAACCACAGGCACAUCCUCAUCCUCAUCCACAACCACAGGCACAUCCACAACCACAUCCUCAUCCACAUCCACAACCACAACCACAUCCUCAUCCAUAUCCACAUCAUCAUCCUCAACCACAUCCUCAUCCACAUCCUCAUCCACAUCCACAUCCACAACCACAUCCUCAUCAUCAUCCACAACCACAUCCUCAUCCACAACCACAUACUCAACCUCAUCCACAACCACAUCCUCAUCCACAUCCACAUCCUCAUCCACAACCACAUCCUCACCCUCAUCCACAUCCUCAUCCACAUCCACAACCACAUCCUCAUCCAUAUCCACAUCAUCAUCCUCAACCACAUCCUCAUCCACAUCCUCAUCCACAUCCACAACCACAUCCACAACCACAUCCUCAUCCUCAUCCACAACCACAUCCUCAUCAUCAUCCACAUCCACAACCACAUACUCAUCCACAUCCACAUCCUCAUCCACAACCACAUCCACAUCCUCAUCCACAACCACAACCACAGGCAGAUCCUCAUCCUCAUCCUCAUCCACAUCCACAUCCUCAUCCACAUUCACAUCCUCAUCCUCAUCCUCAUCCACAACCACAACCACAUCCUUAUCCACAACUGCAUCCUUAUCCACAACCACAUCCUCAUCCACAUCCUCAUCCACAACCACAUUGUCGUCCCCAACCACAUCCUCAUCCACAUCCACAUCCUCAUCCACAUCCUCACCCUCAUCCACAACCACAUCCUCGUCCAUAACCACAACCAUAACCACAGGCACAUCCUCAUCCUCAUCCACAACCACAUCCUCAUCCUCAUCCACAACCACAUCCUCAUCCUCAUCCUCAUCCAAAACCACAUCCUCAUCCACA